GGUUGGAGGGGGGGAGGGGCAGCGGUUGCCCGGGUGAUGGCGGCCCAGGCAGCAGCAGUGGGCAUCCGAGCGCUGCUCUUCGACCUGGACAACACGCUGGUGGACACGGCCGGCGCCAGCAGCAGAGCCCUUCGCCGGGUUGAAGAUUUAUUGAAGUCACAAUAUGGUUACGAAGAAUCUACUGCAAAGCUGGUGAUUGAGAAGUUUAACACCAAGUUGCAGAUGGAGAAUUUAGAUUGCAUUCCCGGAGUGAACAUUGAUGAGGAGAGGAUACUGCUCUUUGAGGCGGCUCUGCAAGAAACAGACGGUCUUGACCCAGAUCAGGGCCUGGCUGCUAAGUGUUACUUCCUCUGGAAAGCCACGAGGCUCCAACACAUGCACAUCCCGAAUGAAGUGAAGGCCAUGCUGAGGAGCCUCCGCCACUCCUACAAGCUGCUCUUGUUAACUAACGGCAGCGCCACGGUCCAGAGGGAGAAGAUCAGCGCGUGCCAGUGCCAGCAGUACUUUGACACCAUCGUGAUAGGGGGCGAACACCAGGAGCAGAAACCAGCUCUCUCUAUAUUCCAGAAAUGCUUUCAGCUGCUGGGAGUGGAGGCAGACGGCUGCAUGAUGAUCGGUGACAACCUAGAUACUGACAUUAAAGGAGGUGUGAACGCUGGUCUAGGCGCCACUGUCUGGAUCAACAAUACUAAUGUAACAUGUGACGAAGGUGCUAUGCCCGACUACACUGUGAAAUCUGUACUGGAGGUUAUGGACAUUUUGGGGAAAGAACGGGUCUAACGUUUGACUGAAAUGCAGGCACCUGGUGUUUUACGUGGGGUUACGUGCUGAAUAAGCAGCACUUGAUUCAAAACGUACCCGCAACGGCCCUGUCAGCAAUAAAUCUGAGCGCGUUAUUCCAAAAAUACCAACGCAUAAAUCAAACUUUAGUAUGAAAGGAACAAGCAUGUUAUUUCAAAGAUGCAUACAUCACACACACGUAAAACGCAAGGUGCCUGUAACCUGCUGUUGAUACAUCAGAAACGUUUCCUCACAGCAGCUGCUCAACCUGCUGAGUACACCAGCAGUCUUUUUCCUCCAGAUCCCAACAUCUGCAGUCUCUUGUCGCCUAAGUGACUGUUGGUAUUUAUUUUAUUUUAAUGGGAAAAAAUGUUUGGGAGUGAAAAUCAUCAAAUUGGGGUGGCGGGACUUUAAAUUAUUUUUUUCAAGAAUUAUCAUUCAAAAGCAAAAUGUUGUAAUGCUUUUGGAGUUUAACAAUGGAAUACAUGCUUGAGUUUUGGAGGUUUAUUAUGAUGGCUAUGGGAAAUUUACAAAUAUUGAAUAUGUAGGGAUUUAAUUUUAUUAAGGCUGUUAUUACAGUUUUAAAUUUCGACAAUAGCAUCAAAAAGUUGUAAUAAAGGAAACCAGCUAAUUUG